AUGAAGAAGGAAGUUCUUAUUUUAUUAGCAAUCUUCAUGCUCACUUCAGAAGCUCGACUUAGAGAUCUGAAGAUCAGCACUGGAGCUAGUAGCUCCAUGGGAGGCUCAAGUACUAGCAGUUCAACUUCAGGAACAACAGCAGGCACUGGAGGAGUAGGACAGACUGGUGCUAGCUCAGGAAGUAGAUUAGGUUCAGGAGAAAGUGAGUGAGAAGGAAGGGAAUUUGAUUGAGAGAUAUUGCCGAGGCUUGUUGUAGGAGGGAUAUUUGGAGGUCUUUACUUGAUUGCAUUCUGUGUUUGAUGAUGUAUCUGAAUGAGAGGAAAGUGGAGAUGGUUCUGUAAAUGCCUUUUCUGUUGUUGAUGCAGUAGAGUUUUAAAAUGAUCUUGGAGAUUAAGGUGUAAAUGAAAAUGAGAGAAAAGCAAAAUUCAAAAGCACAACCUAAAAUCACUCCAUACAACCAAAAUAACUCACAUAAUCCUCCAAAGAACAUUCAAACCCAAAUAAAAGCUCCUAAAAUACCUUUCCAAUCUACAAACCUCUCUUCAAAACUCACAUUAGAAAUUUCUCCAGAUCAGUCAAGAACAAACUGCCUAAAAAUCUCCAACCAAAGUUCCCAAUCCACAAAUCUUGAGAGAUGAACUUCUAAUUCUCAAACCAAAUCUAGCCACCUACCUUCAGUUCCCUCAUCUAUCCCCCACUUAUCCAAUUACUCCUCCCCACCUAUCCUCUCUCCUACCCCACUUCUCUUAGCCUUUCAGUUUCUCUUAGCCUAAAUGUAUUUG